CCUCGGGAAUCCAAACAUGCCGCAGGAAAGCACAAUGCCCCCGUUUUCCCCCUCGCUCUAUUCUCCCACCCCUCGACUUCUUCCUUUUCUCUGCCUAUUACUAACGUCAAAGCGUUGGAAGGUCCGCGCUACCCGCCACAGCUCACCAAUCACGACGACACCUCCUCCUAACUCCUUUCUUCUUCUUCUUUUACUAGUUUUCUGCCACUGAACCUUCUUAUCACAUUCAUAUUUGUCGGCCCUUUUAUCAACAACCCAAGGGCCAAAAAAGAGCAAGAUCUGAAAAAAAAAUGGAAGCAGCUGCAGCAGCCAAUUUGGAGGAUGUCCCUUCUGUGGAUCUCAUGACUGAACUCCUCCGCCGCAUGAAGUGCUCCUCCAAACCCGAUAAACGCCUUAUUCUCGUUGGUCCACCUGGAUCUGGUAAGGGAACACAAUCACCACUUAUUAAAGAUGAAUACUGCCUAUGUCACUUGGCUACUGGUGAUAUGCUUAGAGCUGCUGUUGCAGCCAAAACCCCGCUUGGAGUUAAGGCUAAGGAGGCCAUGGAUAAGGGAGAGCUUGUAUCAGAUGAUUUGGUUGUUGGUAUAAUAGAUGAUGCUCUGAAGAAGCCUUCUUGUCAAAAGGGGUUCAUUCUUGACGGAUUCCCAAGGACAGUGGUCCAAGCGGAAAAGCUGGAUGAGAUGCUUGAAAAACGAGGUGCUAAAGUUGACAAAGUUCUCAACUUUGCAAUUGAUGAUGCAAUCUUGGAGGAGAGGAUUACUGGACGCUGGAUCCACCCUUCAAGUGGUAGAACCUACCAUACAAAAUUUGCGCCCCCUAAAGCACCUGGAAUUGAUGAUGUCACUGGAGAGCCUCUCAUUCAACGCAAGGAUGAUACUCCUGCCGUGCUCAAGUCUAGGCUAGAGUCCUUCCACAGGCAGACUGAACCGGUUAUUGAUUAUUACAAGAAGAAGGGCAUCGUUGCAAACCUUCCUGCUGAGAAGAAACCGGAAGAAGUCACGUCCGUGAUUAACAAGGCACUCUCCUGAUUGAAGAGGCUGCUGAGUUUUUCUGUUGACUAAACAUUGAACUUGUGUUUAUGUGGAUUUUGGUCGCAUAGAUAAAAUACAUCAUUCAGUUACUGACGGACCUGCUUCCUUCGUGGGGUUUUUGCCUUUUUAACGCUAAGCACGCUUCGGAAAUAGCUUUGGAAGAGAUUCUUACUCUUGAGUUAUAAAAUAAAUGUGGACAUUUUUCCAGAGGAUUAUGUUCCAUUGUAUUGCAUUGUUUCGAAUCAUUCAAUGGAGUUAUGACUCUGAUGCUCUGAUCUCGUGGGAAUUGGGGCUUUGAGCGUUUUACUUUUGUCCCA